GUCACAUAAAAUGCAUAAAAAAGAAGACACAGUCGGUGAAUAAUUUUACUUUUAGUUGAUUACAAUUUAACAGAUGAUGAGUAAGUUGCACUGAUACAGUCAAAAUUCAGGCUGCAGUAUUAUAUUAAAAUGUGACAAAACAUUAUUAUUAUAAAUUUAAUUCAGCUUAAUUUCUAAAUUACAUAACAUUGAUUAUAAUCAUCAUAAUUAAAUAUGUAAUGCAAAAUUAUGUUUCAUUAUUCUACUUAAUCAUUCUCUGCAAGUUAUUUCGUAUUAAAUUAGCAGAGGUCGAAUUAACGAAAUGGAAAAUUUCAGCCAUGUCAGAGGGGUGACAUCUGACGAGAACGAAAGUUCGUUUGUUUAUGAUAUACUGUCAGAGGGGCAUUCACAAGCCAUUUCACAUCGACAUAGAUCAUAUUCAUUGCAUUCAAGCAGAUAUUCCACACGAGACAACGGGUUAAAGAAGAGAAAUCAUCAGCAUCGCCGAAUGAGUUUGCCUCCAACUGAAAUGAUAGUACCUAAAGAUCGUUCAUGUGUAGAAGUAGAGGCUAAGCACACACAGGCUAAAGGACACAAAGUGAAUGAAGCUGAGAUGGCCGAUUCCAUGAGAGAUAGGAGAGCUAGAUCAUUUAAAGAGCGAACAGAAAAAUGUGGAAAUAAUCACAGACGAGUCAGGUCAUUUAAAACCACAUCCAAAGGACUGGUGAAUCAGGGUGACACUUCUAAAAUAAAGAAGGACACGAAGUACGACGACUUGGAAGCUUCCAACAUACGCGUUGAUGCUACACUUCAAACAUUUAACAACUGUGUGAUUCCACAGCUAAUUACUAGCAAGUGUAGCGUUGAUCAGAAUGAUUUCAGAGUUUUAAUGAGCGGGGCACGAGGUGUUGGAAAGUCUUCGAUCAUAGAUCAGUUCAUGACAUCUGAAUUCCUCUGGAGUGGAAGUUUUAAUAUCUCUCAAUCAGAAGGUGAGAGGACUGUAACAUUGCAAGUAGAUGGCGAAGAGUCAACGCUAGAAUUUGUACAAUCAGAAGAUUUUCAGGACCAAGAGGAAAGUUUUCAAAUUGACGGUUUUGUCGUUGUUUACUGCAUCACAGAGAGAGCUACAUUCGAGAUUGCAAUAGAUCUGCUGAAGCAAAUACGGGACGAAGUAGGCUCAAAUAAAGCUAUAAUCCUUGUUGGUAACAAAUCCGACCUGGUUCGUAGGAGGACCAUUAGUCAGGAAGAAGGACGGUCUGCUGCGGAUGCAUACGGUUGUAAAUAUAUUGAACUUUCUGCAGCACUUAAUCAUCAUGUGGAUGAACUACUUGUAGGUAUACAUAAACAAAUAAAACUGAAAUCUGAAGCUGACAGUGAGGAACUUGAGAGUAAAACUCCCAAAGCGAAAGAGAGAAAGAGGUCAUUCAAGAGAACUAAACGGUUUCUGGAAAAAGUGUUUCUGGGACACAGUGGUAAAGACAAGAAAACAGAAAAUUUGUAUGUAGAAUAAGUAGUGGCAAUAACAGCCGUGUAAACAAUCAAGUUUUCAAUGACUGUUAAAUAUUUAAACGGACAUUCCUCAAAAUAUAAUUUUCUAAUGGUACAUACUUUACAUCCGUACAAACUAGAGUAUUCCAUAGUGUACAUUCCUGAAGGUGAAAAAUACCUAAACCGUAAACAAGUAUUUUCGGCAAUUACUAUGUGCAUAAAGCUUAAAAUGUGAAUUUAUUUCACAACUGCUAGGAUUUUCUUCAGUUAUGACAUGUGUAUAUACGUUCAUAGAGUGCGUGUGUGUUUGGGAAUAUAUUGUAAAUAUCACAGAAACAAAGGCAGUUACUUUAAAAUGAGUCUUUGUACUGUUAGAAGAUAUAAGAAUUUUAGUAGAUUUAUUACAUAACAAGUGACAGGUUAAAAACGAAAGUUAUACAGAAAGAUAGUUAUUACUAAUUCGUGCAAACAGUUUAUCAGAUGCCAUCUGAAUAAAAUCCUGUGUUGAAAUUGAGUUUCUAUAAAAUGCAAGACUUGGACAAAUUUACUUUGCUGGCUGCGGUGACUUUUGAUAUCUCUUUUGUUAAACAAUAUGUCAGUACGCAUGCCUUUAAGGCUUAAUUGUUCUGGACAAAGAACAUGAUAUAUGCACGUGAUAGAUUGAUUUUAGAAUGUAUUUGGUCCUUGUAAUAAAUAGGAUUAAAUUAUAAAUGAAAAAGAACUAGAAAUGAAUUUGCUGUUAGUCGUGUAAAAUAGAUACGUCUUUUUAAAAUGAACAAAAGCUUGAAAUAUAUAUCUCUAGCAGACUUGAGUAUGAUAUUCAUGAGAUAUUGUUAUAUUUUGUUUUUCGUAAAUAAAAUAUUAGUACUACAUAUAACCGAAGAUACUG